UUGCAGGAGAGCGCAGAUCUACAGAAUUCAACAGCGCAACAACGCACAAAAAUCGUUGAGUUACGUGGCAACGACAUUGAAAUCGUUGAGAUCGGUGAGAACGGUUUCGUGACGACGAGUACUCUAGACGGUCUCGAGGUGACGAAGAAGACAAAGCAAAAGAAAACCGUUAAAGACGUCAAGAAAAAAUCCAAAAAAGACAAAUCCACCGGCAAGAAAACUGAGAAAAAGCGAAAGUGCAAAGAGACUAAACCGAUCGAGGACAACGAUCAGCAGCAGGUGAUCAAGUCGGCAACUUCAUCGCAUACGUUAAGUGAUCAGUCGAGAAGUGAUUCCAAACAUUUGCCGAGUCCACGAGAGCUAUUCGAACGCUUCAGAAGCUUCUGUUCCAGGCGAGCGUGCUCUCUGAAAAGAGGACAUAAAGCAUCGUACGUGCUAUCGAAAGCGGACCAUUUGGAUACGAUAUCGACGAAAAGUGAUUCGAAAGCGUUGCGUUUAGCAAAUUGGCUGAAUAUCGGUAAACGCAAUGGUGCAAUCACCAAAGAUCAAGGACGAGUACGUACGAUCAUUCCCGAAAUGCCGUCCCUCAACACGGCAGAAAGUCUACCAAUUCGUUACCGCUCUACAGAUUGCAUGUAG